AUAAACUAACUCUCUCUUCUUUUGAGUUUCUGUCUACAAACGAGAGAAAGAAUAUGACUGGCGGCGAAAAGCGGUGGAGAGAGGCGGAGCAGUUAGUGAUUGAGCAAUUCCGGCUAAUCACCACCACUCUUCUCAGCCUCCUCCUCCCUCUCUCUUUCCUCCUCCUUAGCCGUCUCUCCUCCACCGCCUUCCUCCUCUCCUUAUCAUCGCCGCCGCAAAAUUCCGACUAUUUCUUCCUCAACACAAUCCCUGCGCUAUUAUACGCCGUCGUUUCAAUAAUAACUGUUCAUACUAUAAUCCACUGCUUAAUCACCAAGAUCAGAACUUCGGCAGAUAAUCCACGUGUCAGCAUCGCGUGGCUCAUCCUUUUAAUUCUUCAAUUCUCCGUCGGAUUAGGCUUUCAAAUAACGAUGUCAAAAGGAGUCAACGGGAUUGUCAACGGUAAUAAUCACAAUUUCUUGACCAGACUUUUGUUCUUCUUUGGUCUCCAUGAGGUGAUACUUCAAUGGUACCGAGUGAUCGUGAAGACGGUGGUGGAAAGCGGUUUUGGCCGGAGAGAAGAAGAGACGGUGGUGGAGAGGGUGGCUUUGGCCGCUAGUUGCGGUGCUUUAUGGUGGUGGAAGCUUCGGGAAGAGGUAGAGGCUUUGAUUGGCGUGAUGGAGGUUAAGAGAGCAUUGUUAUUGUUAUCCAUCGACGUCGAUUACAAUUUAAAUAGUAUCGUUGACUUAGGAACAGUAGAUUUCUGGAACUGGUUGUUGUAUUAUAUGAUUGUGAUGAUUGGUGUGGUUAGGAUCGUGAAAGGGUGUUUUCGGGUUGGAAUGAUCUUGCUUUUCGAGCAAGCUAGAAGAAUUCCACGUGGAAUUUCCUCAUCUGAUGUCAAUGACAUUAACCAAGAAGAUGAUAAAGUGUAGAUUAAUCUGAAUUUACAAAUAUAUAAACAAUAGGGAACACAUGUAAAAAUCAUAGUUGUUUUUAAAAAGCGAUAUUAAAUUCAAACAGAACCA